ACAAAUAGCGAUUUGCUGUUUGUUUUUCUGUUGCAGUUUGGCUUUCUUUGUGUAAUUUCUGUGAUCGCAUCGGAGGAGCUGAGCAGUGGUGAGAGCAAUCCAGUGAGGCUGCGGCGGCAGUCCUGCAAUGGCGUUUUGACAAUGGUGAACUCCUUGGUUGAGAGAGCGACUAGUGAGAUGCUCAUCGGCCCCGAUUGGGCCGUGAACAUUGGAAUCUGCGACAUUUGUAAUCACAACGCCGGGCAGGGAAAGGAUAUCCUUAAAGGCAUUAGGAAGCGAAUUGGCAGUAAGAAUCCGAAAGUUCAACUUCUUGCCUUAACUCUUCUGGAGACAAUUGUGAAGAAUUGUGGUGACGCUGUUCAUAUGUACAUUGCCGAAAAAGAUCUACUUCAUGAAAUGAUGAGAAUUGUGAGGAAGAAGCCUGAUUACCGUGUCAAAGAAAAGAUAUUGAUAUUAAUAGAUACAUGGCAAGAAGCUUUUGGAGGGCCAAGGGCAAGAUAUCCACAAUAUUUUGCAGCAUAUCAGGAGUUGGGGCGCAUGGGAUAUGUAUUUCCUAAGAGAUCUGAGAGAUCACCUGUAUUUACACCUCCACAAUCACGUCCAAUGGCAUCCUAUCCUCAAAACCCUUGCAAACAUGAAUCAAGAGAGAAUGCAGCUGAGUCUUCAGCAGAAGCUGAGUUUCCAACACUGAGCUUGACAGAGAUCCAGAAUGCACGUGCUAUUAUGUAUGUCCUAGCAGAAAUGCUUAGUGCAAUAGAUCCUGAAAACAAAGAGAGUCUCAAGCAGGAGGUUAUUGUUGAUUUGGUGGAACAAUGCAAUACAUACAAGCGAAGAGUGGUAUACCUUGUAAACUCAACUGCGGAUGAAUCACUACUAUGCCAAGGACUAACAUUGAAUGAUGACUUGCAACGUGUCCUUGCCAAACAUGAAGCAAUUUCUUCCAGGGCUUCAUCUAUUCAAGCACAGAAACCAAAAUCUGAAGCUGCUCAAAUGAUUACUCUUUUUAACAAAGGAGACAGCAAGCAGACAGAUAAAGGUUCUGCAUCAGGCACUAAUUCAGGGAUUCAGUUACCACUGCCUGCUACUCUAUCAGCUAAAAAUGACCAAUCAACAACAACAAAAACUGGUCCUAAGAUAGAUCUUUUGAGCGGAGAUGACUUAAGUUCACUGCCAGCAGAGAAUUCACUAGCAAUUGUUCCAGUUGGAGAACCUCAGCCUGCAAGCCCAGCUUUUCAGCAGAAUGACCUUGCUCUUAUUGACAUGUCUUCACCAACCAGUAAUCCUCAGUCUACAUAUCCAGGGUGCCAAAAAUACCCUUUGCCUCCACAAUUUCCACAGCAGCAGAAUCUUCAGUCCCCAGAAUCGUCUUUAUACACUAAUAGAAAUGCUUCUGGAACAAUGUCACCCCAAUACGAACAGUCUCCAUACCCUCAAGGCUCUAAUGCCCUUUGGAAUGGCCAUAUAACUCAGCAAGAGCAUCCAGCUUUUCCAGCUUAUGGUUCUCAAGACAAUGGUGCAUUUCCCGCUCCUCCUUGGGAAGCUGAGACAACAGAUAGCAACUCAAUGUGUGGUAGUCCAUGUACGUAUCAAAACAAUCAGGUUUUGGGAGGCAGUCCGAAUUCUCUAUCGAUGCAAAGUAAUCAGUUCACUGGUACUCCACAUGCUUUACAAAUGCAAAAUAAUCAGCUGGGUGGUAGUCCACAUGCUCUACAGAUGCAAAAUAAUCAGCUGGGAGUUAGCCCGCAUGCACUAUCAGUGCUGACAAAUAGUCCGCGGGGAGGUAGUCCGCACACACUACCAGUGCAAAAUAAUCAGCUAGGAGGUAGUCCGCAUGCUCUACCAGUGCAAAAUAAUCAGCUAGGAGGUAGUCCGCAUGCUCUACCAGUGCAAAAUAAUCAGCUAGGAGGUAGUCCACAUGCUCUACCAGUGCAAAAUAAUCAGCUGGGAGGUAAUCCUCAUGCUCUAACUAUGCAAAAUAAUCAGCUGGUUGCAAUGAACCAUCCGCAAUUUCCUGGUGCUGUAUUUGCUAAUGGUUCCCAGCUGUUAGGCAAUGAGCAAGUUGGUGGUGUAUAUGGUCCUGGUGGUCAUUUUACUGUUAAUCAGGCAAUACAAAGCAGCCAGUUGGUAGGGUUGAAUCCACAACAUCAACAAUCAAUGGGUUUGUUUUCCCAACAAAUGCCAUCUGCACAGAUGCUGUAUAUGUAUUCCCAACAAACAUAUACCAAUCAACUAUCUGGGUAUGGAUGUGGUUUUGGGCAGCAACAAAAUUCUCAGCUCCUUGAGCAAAGAAUGUCCGGGCUAAAUAUUCAAGACGAUGAUGGUAUCCUAAAAGGCCCUCCGUAUCUGGCUUCCACGCCCUCCUCAUAUGUGCCUGUGACAAUGGGGAAGUCCACAAACCUAGAAGACAAACUUUUUGGCGAUCUCGUUGACGUUUCCAAAUUUAAAUCAUCAAAACCAGAUCCUGCCAGAGCUGGGAGCAGGUGCCCUUGACCAUUUUGGCCAUGCUUUCCAUUUUUCCAAAAGGUUUUGUAUCCUCCUCUCCUCUGUAUUCUUCUUAUUCAGUCCUUAGGUGGAAAUAAUGUGAAGAGUAGAUGGAUUCUCUCCUCUCUCUUGAUUAUAGUAUAUUCAAUUGGAAGUUGAGUUUUUUUUUUUUUUU